GGAUGAAUAUGACACCGUCUAUUUAAAUCAUGAUGAAGAAGAAAAAGAUGAAUUUUGUAUCAAAGAUCCGUCUCAAAUUUUGAGAUGGGUGAUUGUUAUAGAGCGUGAUGAAGACAGUAAGGUUGAAGAGUACGGUAUGGACACUGAAUUUGUGAAUACACAGUGCGGAUGUAUUUGA